GGAGGCAAGCGGCAGCAGCACAAGCUAAUCAGUACCGGCGGCCGCCGCGGACUAACGUUGUUCCGUACCUGGGCUGAAUAACCGUGUUUGGACCCUUUAACUGGGAGUAGAGACGUUAACUCGGAUGCCUCUAUGAUCCAGCUAACCUCCCGGCGACACACACAGCGUUCAGUUUGUACAAGAGGUGAGCCAUGGCUGAACCGAACGCCUCCCGUCCCCAGAGGAAGAUGUCCACAGCGGGGGAGAGUGUGUACAAGGUGCUAGGGCUGGAGAAAGGAGCAACUGCUGAGGACAUUAAGAAAGCCUACAGAAAACUCGCGCUGAAGUAUCACCCGGACAAGAACCCAGACAACCCAGAGGCGGCGGAGAAGUUUAAGGAGAUUAACAACGCUAACUCUAUCUUAAACGAUGAGACCAAGAGGAAGAUUUACGAUGAGUACGGCUCCAUGGGCCUGUACGUGUCCGAGCAGUUUGGAGAGGAGAGCGUCAAAUACUACUUCCUCAUGUCCAAGUGGUGGUUCAAGGGUCUGGUCCUGUGCUGUACACUGUUCACCUGCUGCUGCUGUUGCUGCUGCUGCUGUUUCUGCUGCGGCAAGUGCAAACCGCCUGACGAUGACGAGAGCUACCAGUACGUCGACCCCGAGGACCUGGAGGCUCAGAUCAAGGCGGAGCAGGACGGAGGUAACACAGUAAUCAUAGGCCAGCCCACGUCUAACAUGGGUCCACAAAGUCCCGACGCCCAGAGUGCACCCAUUCCCCUGCCGAUGCCCAUGCCUCCGCCUCCACAGGGGGGGCCGCAGUCGCCGACCAGUCCAGCGGGGGAAGAAAACCCCGGAGAGACUUUACCAGAGUCGAAAUGACUCGAAAGUGAUGAUGUGGAGGAGCCUCAGCGAGCAGAAGCUGACAGCCUUUUGAGCCUCUUUUAUGACCCUGCCACAUCCAACUGCAGCCAGAGAUCCAGAAAAACCCAGAGAUCCACCAGCAGCCAGUCGAGCCCUCGCCUGAGUCCUCGUCCCUCUUUACCGGCUCCAUCUCAUCUCCCCCUCCCCUCACUGGACAUCACCUGCGAGGUGGACGCUCUCAGCCCCCAUGGAACUUAAAAAAUGGAGGCGUGUUUGUGUAAAUUAAACCACAAAGCUGUGAGAGCCUCAUUGAAAUCUUCACACACCCUCGCUGCUCGCUUCCAGUCGCAAGGACGUGACUCUGGAGUCAGUGCAGGUUUCCAGGACUCGCGUUGGAGGCGCUUUAUAAUUAUAAUAAUAAUAAUAAUAAUAAUCCCAUUUCAACCAGUAAGGAUGUGACUGACACUGGGGCGCCGCGAUUACGAAUAACAUGAUUUAUCCAUAAUCCAGAACUGGAAUUCAAUUUCUUACCUGGCCCAUUUUUGUUUUUACAUUUCUUCCAUUUUAACUUAUUUUUUUUGCAAACGAAAGCCACUUUGUUUGGUGUUAAACUUACUCUGAAAGAAUCCCAAGCAAAACGUUAGCGGGCAACAGCAGCAGAACAGCAAACGCACGCCGAGGCUUUUCUUCUUCUUUUAAAGGAGCGGCUAAAUGGCGCUCGCUCUCCAUCGUUCUGGAAAAAUAAAAAAAUCUUCGGUCGACACAAGCGGAGCCGACCUCUGAACCGAGUCACUGCUACAUUUCAUACGACGACGCGGUCUGAAGGUGAGAAGAGACGCGGCCUGACGUUCACGGAUAAUGUCUGAGCCGGACUCUGGAGACUCUGGAGAUUCCCGGUGUCGAUCAGGAGGCGGAGACUUGACUCUCGUCCGAGUGCAUGUGUUUUUUUUGUUUUUUUUUUUUUGUCUGAAUGCAUGCCCAAUCCCGUACACUGUACAGCACUGGAAUACGCACCCACAACACAUGGAGGAACCUGCUCUGAGUUGAACCCGUAACUCAGUGAACCAGCUAACAUGUCGUCAUGUGCCACCCCCCCACCCCUCCGACUAGAAGGAUACUGUAAUCUGUAUUUAAGAUGCCAUACAGUGGAACAUAAUUUAGAGAUGUUCCGAUACCAUUUUUUUUUUUUACCAGAGAUGAGCCAAACCAAGUGCGAUAUUUCUCCAUAAUCACCAGAAAAUUUAAAUAUCUUAAAUCCGACGUCAUCAAAAACCUCAAAUAUCACCCAGUUAACUAAUAACAUGGUGUAAAUAAGUAAAUAAAAGGCAGCAACAACAUUUUAACAUCACAUUAAUGUUGUGUUCACUGGUAAUGUCUUCUGUAUUGAAGCUACUUAUUUUUAAAUGUUUUUUUUUUAGCCAAUACUAAAAAAAACCCAGAAGAUUUCCUUUUUUAAAUGAUUACGUAAUCAAUUGCUAUUGAUGACACUAGUGCCACCUUUUGAAACGGAAGUCAGCAAUACAAUACAUGUGCGGGACCUUCCAGUGUGAAAUUUUGCCAAAUUGCAAAUGUUUUAGCUAGCUCUGGCUAACGCUACCAGAAAUCACCACCUAUGGAAUUCUAAAAACUGUACUUUUCCAAUGGCAGUGGCUCAUUCCACGCUACCAGAAAUCACCUCGUCUGUGGAAUUCAAUAACCUCCCCAUUUUCCUUGGGCAGUGUAGCUCAACAGCUACCAGAAAGUACUGUGGUUUUUUAGGCUCAUGUGAAGAACUACGGCUAAUUCUACUCUUGCAGAAAUCACCUCCUCUUCACAAUUCUAAAACGCGUACUUUCCAGUUGUAGUGUACCCCAACUGCCACUGGAAAGUUGUGGGUGUUUUUUUUAGGAGCGCUUACAGCAUUAUCCAGAGCUAGCUAAAAUAUUGCCCAAUGGUGAAUAAUAUUUAGCUUGCUCUGGCUAAUGCUACGUUCUUUUAAAUCACUUUUUUUUUUAAGAAUCUCAAAGAGGAAGUUAACUCUUGACACGUAACAUUAGCCACAUUUUUGUUAGCUCUGGCUAAUGCUACACCACAAGUAGUCACUUUUAAGAGCAGUCCUUUCAAUGGCAGAACACUAUGUAGCAUUAGCAUCACCUCUGUAAUGUUGGAUUCUCUCACGGAGCCAUUUCUUUUCUACCAAAAUUGUUAUCUGAACAUCUCUAUUAAAGGUUUGAUUUUAUUUGUCAGAUAUAAAUAGUUUUGCUGCUUUUUUUGUUACAGAUUUACGUUGUAGACCAAAGCUAACGGCUCCAUGUAGCUAAACCAGGUCAGGGCCUCUCUCUCUCUCUCUCUCUCUCUCUCUCUCUCUCUCUCUCU